CUGCCGCCGCCCUCGCGAGGCCGAAGCGGGCGCGACGAGGCCCCGGCGGGAGUCGGGAGCACUGCCGGCAUGGAGACGCUGCUGCUGGGCGCCGGGCUGCUGCUGGGCGCCUACGUGCUUGUCUACUACAACCUGGUGAAGGCCCCACCGUGCGGCGGCAUCGGCAGCCUGCGGGGCCGCACGGCCGUGGUCACGGGCGCUAACAGCGGCAUCGGGAAGAUGACAGCGCUGGAGCUGGCGCGCCGGGGAGCGCGCGUGGUGCUGGCCUGCCGCAGCCGGGAGCGAGGGGAGGCGGCCGCUUUCGACCUCCGUCAGGAGAGUGGAAACAAUGAGAUCAUCUUCAUGGCCUUGGACUUGGCCAGUCUGGCCUCAGUACAGGCCUUUGCCACUGCCUUCCUGAGCUCUGAGCCAAGGCUGGACAUCCUCAUCCACAAUGCAGGGAUCAGUUCCUGUGGCCGGAUUCGGGAGGCCUUUAACCUGCUGUUGCGAGUGAACCACGUUGGCCCCUUUCUGCUGACACACUUGUUGCUACCCCGCCUGAAGUCGUGUGCCCCCAGCCGUGUGGUGGUAGUGUCCUCAGCUGCCCACCGGCGUGGUCAUCUCGACUUCACACGUCUGGAUUGCCCAGUGGUGGGCUGGCAGCAGGAGCUUCGGGCAUAUGCUGACAGCAAACUAGCCAAUGUGCUGUUUGCCAGGGAGCUUGCCACCCAGCUUGAGGGCACUGGUGUCACCUGCUAUGCGGCCCACCCAGGACCUGUGAACUCGGAGCUCUUCCUGCGUCACCUCCCUGGAUGGCUCUGUCCUAUUUUGCGCCCACUGGCUUGGCUGGUACUCCGGGCACCUCAAGGGGGUGCCCAGACACCCCUGUACUGUGCUCUGCAGGAGGGCCUUGAGCCCCUCAGUGGGAGAUAUUUUGCCAACUGCCGCGUGGAGGAGGUCUCCCCAGCUGCUAGAGAUGACCAGGCUGCCCACAGGCUGUGGAAAGCUACCAAGAAGCUGGCAGGGCUUGAGCCUGGAGAGGAGGAUGAUAGCCCUGAUGACGAGCCCCGACCUCAGGAUCUAGGGGCCCCAUCUUCUCUGAAUGCCCCCAGCUCUGAGAAAACCGCGGUUUCUGGACCUUCUCAGAGCUCUCAGGGCUCACCGGACUUGUCUAAAUUGACACAGCGAAGAAUUCAGAUGCAGGCUGAGUCUACACACUAACUUUCCUAACCCGUAGGCUAGAAUGCUUCUGUAGUGCAGUAGGACCUCUCAAAACCUCAGCUGUGUGCCUGGCCACUGGGGGGUUGCCACAUUUCCCUUGGUGGUUAAGUUUUGGGACCUUUAUGUCCUAAACAGCCCUUUUCCUAGUGAAAGGAAAUAAGUACUACUUCCUAAAA